UACGAGACGAGUACUUUACUUCAGUAGCAUAGUUUCAGUGUUUCAGUCUGGCUUCCUUCCAUCUAGUCAAUCAGUUAUUGGGUGCUGUUGAACACCAACCAACCAACUACUCUCAAACGGAUACAUUUGCAAUUUUGCACAUUAAAAUAAAGAUUUUUUUUUAAUUUUCUUGUUCUAAAUUUAAAAAAAAUAAACAAAUUAAAUUAAUUUAAACAUGACCAGCAGUUUAUCACGUUUACGUUUAAUAACCUUUGAUGUCACCAAUACCCUGCUGAAAUUUCGCACCAGUCCCGGCAAACAGUAUGGAGAAAUUGGUGCCCUUUUCGGUGUGUUGUGUGAUAAUGAUGAUUUGGCCAAAAGUUUUAAAUCCAAUUGGCACAAAAUGAAUCGUUUGUAUCCAAAUUUUGGCAGAACCUCAGCUUUAAUGGAUUGGCAGCAAUGGUGGCGUGAGUUAAUAUCACAUACCUUUGAUGAGUGUGGCGCCAAAAUACCAGAGGAUAAAAUCGAAAACUUUAGCAGUCACUUGUUGGACUUAUACAAAUCGACUUCCUGUUGGGAACACUGUAAUGGCAGCAUCGACUUACUCAACUACUUGCGUAUGCAACAGCAACUGGGCAUUAAGGAAUCACCAACUCGUCAGGCACCCUUUGCCAUGGGUGUCAUAGCUAAUUUCGAUCCACGCCUAGUGGUUUUAUUGAAAAAUUUAAAAAUCGAUCAUUAUUUCGAUUUCAUUUUGAAUUCCUACGACUGCAAAGAAGAAAAACCAAACAGGGAAAUAUUCGAUAAGGCCUUUAAGGCAGCCGACAUCAAGGAUCUCAAACCAGAACAGUGUUUGCAUAUAGGUGAUGGUCCCACCACCGAUUAUAUGGCAGCACGGGCAUGCGGUUGGAAUGCGGCGCUGGUGCAUGAACGUAAUGCCCAAUAUUUAAUGAAGAAAUAUGGCGAUGAUAGAAUUGAUAGGAAUUUUGUAUUUCCCAGUCUGUUUGAUUUCCAUAAGAAAUUAGCAAAUAACUGUAUAUAUUGGUAGAUUUAAGAUUUGUUUUGUAAUGUAUUCAAAUAAUUAUUAAUAAAAUGAAAUAAAAUUAAAACAUAACAAGUA